CCUUUGUCCCUUACUCGAAAUCUCCACAUACGAUUACAGUUUCGCAGAUGGACAAAAACAAAUUUCCUUUAGACGAACUCAGUGAAUCUGCGUCCGUUUCAAGUGAUCAAGUGAACCAUUUUAUACAACAGUCAGAUGAACCAGUUCGUCCUUCACCACUCGAAGCCAUGGCCCAGCGUUUUGGAGAAGUUGUGAAAGGAUUUCAGAAGACCCCAGCCUCUGACUUACAGCUAUUUUCAUUCGGUCAACAGAAACCGUCCGCAUCAAAUCUAUUCACAAGACCGUCCAAUCAACAGGAUGUCGCAUCCAAACAUCCAUUCAUCUUCACGCACCCACCCUUGAAUUUUUUACAGUCGGAAUUCUCCAAAACAUGGUGCCUGACGGAAAAGACUGCCGCUAAUGAUUGUGUUACCACUACCAAACUGAUGAAUAAUUUCUAUACUACCCAGGAGUCUUCAACCAUUCAUAUUAACACGUUUGUGCCACCUAACAGGUCUGUAGGUUAUUCACUUCAUGAUACGCCUCCAUCCAACCUCAGUUUCCUUAAACCCACUGAAUGUCGAGAUGCUUACAAGGCAGAUACAAAGUCACAGAUCAUAUUCGGGGAUGUCAAUGUAAAUCCGAGGGGGUCGAACACCGAAUCUAGUUCAUCCUCCCCGGUCACCUGUUCGCCCGUGUCUCUAACGCAUCCGAAGCACGAGGAAAAUCACAAAAACACAUUUCACGGUCCAGGGCCGCAUGCCGUAUUCUCAACUUCGAAUAUCCCAAUCCCUACAUAUGAAGAAGAUCACAUGUCAUAUGACUGUUUGGACGAACAACACAAGUUCAAUUCACGGAUUAACUUUAACGCUACCCUUUGCGGAUACUCCUGCGCUGCUUGUGUAUUUCCCAGGACCAGUUCGGGUUUGUUCACAACAGCGAAUCUUUCCGCCUAUGAUGGCCAAACGCAAAGUUUUCUUGAGCAGUCCCACAGAGGUGAGCCAUCUAAUGUGCAUGCGGUCGACCUGUCAGAUGUCUCCACCAAACCACCAUUCUCAUACAUUACUUUGAUUGUCUCAGCCAUGAGCUCCAAACCGUCUAAACAAAUCACACUGAGUGAAAUCUAUGCCUGGAUUAUGUCGACAUUCGCCUACUACCGGAAAAACACGCGCAGAUGGCAAAAUUCCAUACGCCAUGCACUGUCUUUCAACGACUGCUUCAUCAAAGUUCCUCGUCCAUCAGGAGAGGCAGGAAAGGGAUCCUAUUGGACGGUUCAUCCUCGUGCAGUUGAUAUGUUUGAAAACGGGUCAUCAAUGAGACGAAAUCGCAAAUUUGUUGACGAGAAUCGGGUGCGUGCUAAUCGAGUAUACCGAAGAACGCGGGCAAGCAAGAAACCGAAUUUAUCGCCACAAGACGAUUGGUACCAUCCGGAUGAGUAUACUAAGAACCAGUUGCAUCAGCCAGGUAUCGAUGUUAUCCAGAAGGACGUAAAACCGGCUCAAACUCCAAUGACAGACAGUAUCUGCCUAAAGGACAGCGAUCCUGAUAUGUCCACUAGAGCUGAAUUUCGGUUUUGUAGAGAUCAGUGGUGGAUGUCGACGAAUGUUGUCGAUCCAUUUCCUCGGAAGCAGUACGUAUCUCCCUCAAAUUCGAACGUACAUGCUCCUUUCAACCAAUGGCCUUUGUCCGAUUAUGAAGGGCGACCUACGCAAAAGAGGGAAUUUUGGCACGAUGUACCUCCAGCAGAUAAAAACGUGAACGAAAUUCACUCGACUCAAGGAAGCGGAGAUAGUUCUAUUCCCACAGUGUAUGACCAUUCCUUUGUUUCGAAACAACUACUGGGAGUCUCCACCGUCUGGAAUGCAGUCGAACCUGAUAGAAGCAUGUGAUCUCCUGUUAUUACAACUAUCUGAAGAAAUUUUACAUUGCUCAUUUUGCUGCACAACUCAACUCAGGGCUUGCCAAUUCAGCUUCCUUACCAAAAUAGCUGCGACUCCCAUGCAUUUGCAUGCAGCUUCGCUUCGAAGUUGCAAAGUAAAUCACAGCAUACUGCAAAAAAUAAAGACUUCGG